AUGCCUAACUACACAGGGGACUCGACCCGACCUUGCCCCGCAGUCUCAGCCUGGGUCACCGUACCGUCCCCCGACCAACAGCUGAGAACCGGUCCCUUUGGAGAUCCUCCCAAGCGGCGGCGGUGGGAGCGGGUUCGUCUCGGCUACGGCCCCUCGCAGGGAAGAGCUCCGGGCGGAGGAGCCGCUGGGUUUAGACCGUCGGGUCCGCAAGUUCCCAUCCUGAGAGACGACCGACAGGGACCCGACGAGUUCGGCAACUACAACUUCAACUUCGAGACUGGCGACGGCAUCAGCCGCCAGGAGCAGGGCGCACCCCAGCCGCCUGCAGGCGCCGUCGCUUCGCAGGGCGGAUGGUCUUUCACCUUCCCUGACGGAACUCCUGCCCGCUUCACCUUCGCCGCCGACGGCGACGGCUACCGCGUGGAGUCCGACCUGCUGCCCACGCCCCACCCCCUCCCCGCCCACGCCAUCGCCCAGAUCGAGAAGGCUCGUCGGGAGGACGCAGCAGCUGCAGCCUUUAGCGAGCGUUACUCUGCCCCUCGGACUAGCUAUGGAUACCCUUGA